AUGGCCCUUCUAUCCUACACCAUUCUCUUCCUUAUCCCCCUCAUCACCACCUUCCUAGCUCGAACCUUCUUCUCCAAGACCCGACCCCAGACCCGUCACCUCCCACCGGGCCCACUAGCCCUACCUAUUAUCGGUCACAUGCACCUCUUUAGUUCAAGCCCCCACCAUGUUCUCUGCAAACUUGCCCAGCGUUAUGGUCCGAUCAUAAGCCUCCGCCUUGGGUCAGUCCCUCAUGUCGUUGUCUCCUCCCCAGAAGCGGCAAGAGAAUUCCUUCGGACCCAUGAGCUCGCCUUCUCGUCCCGUCCUCAAAGCUUCACAAACCAUUACCUCGGAUAUGGUGGCCAUGGCUUUGCUUUCUCUCCCUAUGGCCCCUACUGGAAGUUCAUGAGAAAGCUCUGCAUGUCUGAGCUCCUGAGCGGCCGCAGCCUCGGGAACUUGCUGCCCAUAAGGCGGGAAGAGAUGCACACGUUCUUGCUAUUGCUGUCGAGAGCUUCAGAUGGUGUCAAGGCAGUGAAUGUCAGUGAAGAACUUAAGCUGAUGGUGGGUAAUGUGAUAUCUAGGAUGUCGAUGAGCCGGCGGUGUUAUGGGACGGAAGCAGAGGGGGUGGAGAUCGGGGGGCUGGUUGAUGAGGUGUCUAAGCUGCUCAUGGCACUCAACGUCGGGGAUUUUAUCAGAUUGUUCCGUGACAUGGAUUUGCAAGGGCUGGGGAAGAGAAUGAAGGUGACCCAUAAGAGGUUUGAUGAGAUCAUGGAGGAGAUUGUUAGAGAACAUGAAGAAAAGAAGGAGAAGGAUGGUGUGAAGGAUCUGAUGGAUAUUUUGCUUGAGAUAUCCGAGGAUGAGAGUGCAGAAAUGAAGCUGAAGAAAGAACACAUCAAGGCUUUUAUUCGGGACAUCUUUGUGGCGGGAACUGCUACAACAGCACUGGGAAUGGAAUGGACACUGUCAGAGCUCAUCAAGAAUCCAAGGAUAAUCAAGAGAGCAAGGGAUGAGAUCGAUUCAGUCGUUGGAAAGAAUAGGGUGGUGGAAGAAUCCGACAUCCCCAAUCUCCCAUACAUCCAAGCAAUAGUAAAAGAAACACUUCGAUUGCAUCCAACUGACUCGAUAAUCCUAAGAGAAUCAAUCGAAGACUGCAAGAUCAAUGGCUAUGAUAUCCCUGCUAAAACGGGCCUCUUCAUCAACAUCUGGGCCAUUGGAAGGGACCCCAACUACUGGGAAAACCCGCUAGAAUUCCUUCCAGAGAGAUUCAUCGAUGAUAACGGACGGGCCCAAAUAGACCUCAGGGGCCAACAUUACCAUUUCUUGCCAUUCGGAAGUGGUAGGAGGGGCUGUCCAGGCAAGACCUUGGCUGUACAGCUCAUCGUGACGACGAUUGCAGCGAUGAUCCAAUGCUUCAAACUGAAGAUCGACGGUAAUGAUGAAGAGGAGGGUGGCCCGAUUGAUAUGACGGUGGCACCAGGGCUGACGCUCUAUCGGGCCCAGCCGUUGGUUUGUAUUCCCGUGGCCCGCCUAGAUCCAUUGCCACUUGUUGCUUCAUGAAAAAUGAUAAGAUGGGAGUCCUGA